AUGUUUAAUAGAAUUAUUUUACAAACAAGAAGGGACUUGGUCAAUAUAUACAGUAAUAACUUGUUUUAUAGGUCAAUUGUGCCAAAGCAUAAAACUGGCUCCAAUUACAACCACUGUGUCAGAUUAUACGUAACAAACACAAAAAUAAAUGAUUUAAAUAAUGAUAAACUUAAUCGUCAAAACGAUUCACCUUUUCUGCUGCCAAAACUCAGACAUAUACAUGUAAACAAUUCCAACCCCUCCAAAAAUGUAGGAUUCUAUGACAAAAUUGCAUCAUGUGGAAGGUUAAUGAGAAUACAUUCAUUAAUGCCAGUGGUUAUAUUUGCUUUACCAGCAAUGUGGAGCGCAUCCUUGGCCUUACCCUCAGUAGUAACGUUCCUUGAACUCAAGAAGAUGGGAUUAAUGUGUUUGGGCGCCUUCUUCGCAAGAUCAGCAGGAUGUUGCAUAAACGACCUCUUUGAUAAAAACUUCGACAAACACGUAGAAAGAACAAAGAUCAGGCCCCUGGCUAGCGGUUUAAUAGGAACCAAGGAGGCCUUAACCACCUUGGCGUUCAACUCUGCAAUGGCUCUUUCAAUAUUGCUCCAGUUUGAUACUAAUACGAUAAUGCUCGGAUUCCUCACCUCAAUAACAUGCUCACUAUAUCCCCUAAUGAAGAGAUACACAAACUACGCCCAGCUUAUCCUAGGAAUGUCCUCAAGCAUAGGCACACUGAUGGCCUGGACUAUAAUAUCCGGUGGUCCAAUAACACUGCCUCCAAUAUUUAUAUACUUAACGGCAUCAAUAUGGCCCAUGAUUUACGAUACAAUAUACGCGCACCAGGACAAGGAGUUUGACAAAAAAUUGGGACUUAAAUCACUGGCGCUACUCUGGGGUGACAACACAAAGAAGAUGUGUAACCUCGUAGCAUAUAAUAUGUCAAUACUGCUGGCAACCUGCGGAUACUUCGCAAAAUUAGGGGAUCCAUUUUACGCCAGCGUCGUACUGUCACACCUGUGGAUGAUGAGGCAACUGAAAAAUGUUAACCUGGAAGACCCAGCAAACUGUUUCAGGUUUUUUAAGAACAGCGUAAUAUACGGAGGAAUAAUACUGGCUGGAAUCCUGGCCGGAAAGAAAGAAUUGUCCCUGGACCUGAAAUUUGAUAGACGCGCCAAAUCUAAUAUUUGA